AUGGCUUCGAUCCACGCCGAGGUGGAACGGCGACUUAGCCGAGCCCGAAUGGAAAUAAAUGCCUUGGUGGAGGACAUCGACAAGUACUCAGCUCUGCAGCUCCCGAGGGAAAUGCCAAUGGACUUACUCGUGGACGAUGCCAGGUGUUGCAUCAACAAGGACCGGGAUAGCUGCUUUCGCGACAUUGAGACCAGCCUGGCGAUGUUGAAAUCUCGGGUGGAUGUUGCCCUACAGGAUAUCGGUCCAGAUGGCAGCAGAACGGAGGCCCCAAACACGCUGUGGGCAUCCUUUCAGGAGGUGCCAGUGCUUAUGGCACAACCCCUUUUCGACGGCUGUGGAGAGGCCAUGGUGGUGAAGGUGGAGGACGAAGUCGCCCACACGGCUAAAACCCAGGAGUUUGAGCAGCUUGCCAGCUGGGUCCGGAGGGAACUGAGCCAGGUGCACGAGAAGCUGGAUGUAAAGUUCCAGAAGCUUCACUCCUUGUUGGAGGGUCUGAAAACCACGCGGCAGGGUCCAGCAGCGGCAGAAGUGGCGGCUCCAGCGACGGAUCUCAUUUCCAGUGCUUCGGCUCCCUCCCUCGCCGGGUCGCCCGGGAAAGCCUUGCGCGGCUCUCGGCCCAAGCAGGACCAUCCAAGCGUCAGACAUAUGCUGGAGGAGUUCCGAACGUCCCAGCUCUGCAUGGUGGAGGAGCAGCAAACCACCAAGAGCAUGAUCGAGGACUUUCGACAGUUGGUCCUCAGCCAGGUGGAGGAGCUGGCGAAGGAGCAGAAGAACUUCAGAAGCAUGCUGGAGGACCUGCGAGCGUCGCAGCCAGGCUUCACAGAGGACUUGCAGCAGGGCGAGAUCGUCCGCAUGGUCAGGGAGGAGUGCGAGCAGGGCUGGCGAACGAACAGGACGGGUCUGGAGGAGUUUCAGGAGCAGCAGCAGAGCUUCAGACGGGCUUUGCAGGAGUUGGCGAAGGAGCAGAAGAGCUUCAGAAGCACGCUGGAGGACCUGCGAGUGUCGCAGCAAGGCUUCGCAGAGGACUUGCGGAAGCCGCAGAGCAUCCAAAUUGUGAGGGAGGAGUCUGAGCGUGGCUCGCGAAACAGCAGGACGAGUCUGGAGGUGUCGCGGAGCAAGCGUGAUGAGCCGACUUCACGUGAUGUUGCCGGGCUGUUGCUUGCGAAGCCGAGCCUAGCAGAGGAGCAGCAGGUCAAGCGAGCGCACCUGAAGGAGACGCAGAGUUUGAACCUCGAGGCUGCUCGCUUCGGACUCGGGGAUCGGCAGACGACGGAUCAGGCCGCGACGGCGUCGGCCCCAGUGUCGCCGGUGUCUGCGAGAUGCUCCCUCUCCUAUGGCGAGGCGAGCCGCACCAAGCUGCUCUCCAAGAAGCAGAAGCAGACGUCUGUGCAGGCACAAGAGGAAGCCUCGCAAGGGCUGAAGAUCACCCUGAGCAUGGCGCCAAGGACGGAGGAGCCUGAGGAGAAGGAAGAAGUCGAGAAGCGGAAAAGAGACAGAGGCUCUGAAAAAGCAGGCUUGAAACCCAAGAAGGAGAGAUGA